UGUACCGAUUUUUCCUUGUACCAUUGCCCAAAGUGCAGUUAAUCGAAAAUAAGAUGAAAAAGAUUUCGGAGUGGUGUAUAAACGGUUUAACUAUGAUUCAAUGCUUUUCAUAUUCCGUAUUAGUACGUUAUUUAUUCCUGAUAACAGGUUAGGAUUCAUUUAAAAACCAUAUGUGGCGGAAAAUAAGCAAGAUGAAUUAGUGGUGGCAGCUAUAGAGCUCUGUGGUGACCGGCUGUGACAGAUUACGUAUUUAUUUACCGAAAAACUUAAGUACCUGAAACCCUAAUCAAAAAUCCGGACAUGUCCGUAUUUUCUUUAUUUAACGUUGUUGCUAUCUGCGCUCUAGUUUCUUUAUGUUUCGAAAAUUCCUCGGCCGAUGAACUAAACGGCGUAGUUGUGGUUUUUAGACAUGGAGAUAGAACUCCCAUCAGGCCAUAUCCAACUGAUCCUUAUGGAAACCGAUCGCUUUGGCCUGUGGAUUACGGAAUGCUAACAAAUAUUGGCAAAAUGAAUCAUUUCAAACUGGGCCAAUGGUUGCGUCAGCGAUAUAGUCAGUUUUUGCCUGAAGUGUACUCCGAAAGGGACAUCUAUGUACGAUCGACCGAUGUUGACAGGACUCUCAUGUCUGCCUCGGCGAAUCUUGCCGGGUUAUACCCCCCUGUUAAGACUGAUAUAUGGAACCCGGACCUGCAGUGGCAGCCGAUCCCGAUUCACACCAUUCCAGAGAGCAUGGACCCAGUACUGGCCGCUAAAAAAGAGUGCCCAAAAUUCAACCGCUUGGAAAAAGAGUUAUUUAAAACACAGUACUUUAAAAACCUCUCUCAUCAGCUACACGAUCUGUACGCUUACGUUACCAAAUACUCGGGGGAUUCUAUACACGAUUUAAAAUCUCUCGAGUAUCUAUACAGCACGCUGUUCAUCGAAAGCAAUUACAAUUUCACAUUGCCGGAAUGGGCAAAGGGAGUAUUUCCUGAUAAACUAAAGCCGUGGGCUUCGCUUAGCUUCGUGGUCCCUACUUGGACUGAAGAAAUGGCUCGAUUAAAGACGGGGCCGUUUUUCAAUGAGCUUAUUGGAUAUUUUAGGAAUCGCACACAAAAGAAUGUUCAGUAUUACGCCCCCAAGUUCCUUAUGUAUUCCGCUCACGAUACCACAAUCGCCAAUCUUCUGAACACCAUGGAAGCGUUCGAACCACACCCACCACCCUACACGGCCACCAUAAUUUUUGAGUUGUGGAGGACGCAAAAUGGAACCGACUUCGUCCAAACUUUUUACAAAAACACCACCGAACCUCGACAAUUUGCAGCCAAAGGCUGCAAUUUAAAUUGCUUGUUGCCAGAUUUUGAAUCGAAGUUAAAGAGCAUUUCUAUCCCUCUAGACCAAUGGGAGUCAGAAUGCCAAAGCGGUUGGCCCUUCAUUUAUUAUCUGAUGCUCGGUGGAAUGGUCUCAACCAUUUUGUGCAUUUCCUGCAUAGUCAGCCUAGCCGUUUAUCGAUUGAAACGCAAAAGUGAGCUUUACAUGCAGCUACCAAACGAGGAGUAUUACGCUUGAAGGCCUGAGGGGAGAAGGAGAAAUAUGCCCUCUUUACCCUUCUCAAGCUAUAUUUAAUAGUCAAACUGGGCAUAUCUUAUUUGUGUUCUACUCUAUAAUGCAUUGUAUCAUCUAUUCUUUCUUUUUUAUUCUUAUUAUUGGUCUGGCACCAAAGAAUUUUUGUCUAUGUAUCCCAAAAAAAUAAUUUUGUGAUCUAUUUUCAAACUAAACUAAACGAAGGAGUCGAAACACUCGUGCCAGUAUUAGGUUUACUGAUUGUCUAAAGCCAGGGAUUUUUCAGGAUGAAAAUGACUUGUUUAUCGUUUUAAGGAUCUCAAAAUGGCAGUGAAGAUUUUGAAUAAAGACUAUGGGUAUCAAA